AUGAGAACAGUCGAUGCUAGCAAGAAAUCAAAAGAAGAAAAGGAAGAAGAAGAACAAUCAACCGAUACUGAUACUGAUACUGAUACUGAUUCGGACGACGAUGAUGAUGAUGAUGACAAAAAAGGCAAUACUGAAGAAGAAAUUGAAGAAUAUACGGAAAUUUUUGAACAUAUUGAAGAAUUUCGAUCAGAUUCAAAGAAAUCAGUAACAAAAAAAACUAAUAAGAAACAACAAGAAUCAUCAUCAUCAUCAUCAUCAUCGUCGUCGUCAUCGUCAUCAUCAGAUAGUGAUGAUGAUAGUGAAGAUGAUAGUGAUGAUGAAAGUGAUGAAAGUUCAACAGAUUCAACAUCAUCAGAUUCAACAACAUCAGAUGCUGAAAGUGAUCCAAGUAGUGAAGAGGAAGAAGAAGAAGAUAACAAACCAUCAGCUAAAAAUAAAAAAUCACAAUCAUCUUCAACAACAUCAGGAAAACAAUCAACAACUAGUUCAACACAUAAGAAUUAA